AAAAUUGUAUCGAUUAGUUGUGAUGAGAAUACUUAGUGAUAAUUUGUUGUAUUCUUUUUAAUCAGCGGAUAGAAUCUCCUAAAUCAUACAUCCGUCUUGCUCUGUGUACCGAGGCACCAAUAAGCUGGGCUGAGCCCUGUCAAUCAAAGAUCUCAACCGAGAAAAGGAGCAACCCAUUUCACCACAAUGGGCAAGGAUUACUACAAGAUUCUGGGCAUCGAGAGAAAUGCGACUAGCGAAGAGGUCAAAAAGGGUUACCGUCGGAUGGCGCUCCGAUACCAUCCGGACAAGAACGACCAUCCGCAGGCCGAGGAGCAGUUCAAGGAGGUGGUGGCCGCCUUCGAGGUCCUGUCCGACAAGGAGAAGCGGGAGAUCUACGACCAGUUCGGAGAGGAGGGUCUGCGGUGCGAUGACGAGCCGGCGACCUUCGCCCAGCCCACGUCCGAUAUGCUGCCGUUCAUGUGUGCCGUCGGCGGAACGGUCUUAUUUGCAUUUGCCGCCUACAAGACCUUUCAGUUCUUCACCCGGAAGAAGGAGCCGGCCGCCAACAGCGAUGGGUCGUCCUCGGACUAACUUCAGGACCUUUAUACUAAGUAUCUGCGGACUAAGUGAUAGAAUUUUUAAUGGAACAUCGCUGUAAUACUCUUAAGAAUAAUUUGUAGAGGUUUAUUUGUAAACUGUUUAAUAUUGUUGAUCCUGUUAUUUUUUAUAUUGUUUGUGCAGUAAAUCAAAUGUGCAAAAGCUGUGCAACAGUC